UCAGCUGAUUCAUGUUAUGGCAGUUGACAGUUUAAUUCUUAUGAAAUGUUUGCAAGAAAAAGAAACUUUGCUCCUUAACUUUAAAGAGAAUUUGAUGAAUGUAAUCCUUAAAGAUUUUAUGUUAAUUACUUGCAAUGAAAAAAUAACUGGUUGUUGCGAUGGUUAAUAUAUUAAGACUUCUAAAUGGUCUUAGAAUAAUUUGUAAUAAGGGACCCAGAUUUAGUAUACAGCGAAUGAGCAGUAGUGACAGUGGUGACAACAAGUUAGAUCGCAAAAAAAUCAGAAACUUCAGUAUUGUGGCUCAUGUAGAUCAUGGGAAAAGUACAUUAGCGGAUAGGUUAUUAGAAAUAACAGGUGUUAUUAAGCCUAGCAAUGAAAAUGCACAAGUUUUGGAUCAGCUACAGGUUGAAAAGGAAAGAGGUAUCACAGUCAAGGCUGUUACCGCAUCCCUUAACUAUACAUACAACAAUGAAUCUUAUCUUUUAAAUCUUAUUGAUACUCCAGGACAUGUAGAUUUUUCUAAUGAGGUUGUUAGAAGUGUAACAGCAUGCCAAGGAGUAGUUCUGUUAGUUGACGCCAAUGAAGGAAUCCAAGCACAAACUGUAGCUGUACAUUCAUUGGCAAAUAGGAACAAUUUAACUAUAAUACCAACCUUGAACAAAGUGGAUUUACCAAGAGCUGACCCUGACAAAGUCAAAUCACAGUUGAAUUCACUUUUUAAUAUCGACCCUAAUACAGUUUUAAGUGUAUCUGCAAAAAAAGGUUGGGGAGUUAAAGAGUUAUUAGAAGCUGUUAUUACCCGAAUUCCUCCUCCAGAUGUAGAUGCAAAUGGCCAUUUCAAAGCUCAUAUUAUAGACACAUGGCAUGAUAAAUAUAGAGGUGUUUUAUGUCUAGCAUAUAUUCAUGCUGGUAGUUUGGAAUUGGGACAGCCAGUGAAAUGGCAGUCAAGUACUAAACAGCAUGCUGUGAAAUAUCUGGCAAUGUUGCGACCUAGUGAAGAGCCAAUUAAUAAAGCUAUUGCUGGACAAGUUGUAAUGGUAGGACUCGGUCCUAAAGGCGGAGGUAGUGUUGGAGAUCAUCUCCUAUCAGUUGAAGUACAGGAUAAUAAACAAAGCAGUCCAUUACAAGCAAUAAAACAUAUGGUGUAUGCAGGAAUAUUUCCUGCUGACCAAUCGCAACAUGUAUUUCUUAGUGAUGCUAUCAAGAAAUUGGCUCUAAAUGACUCUGCUGUCAGUGUUAAUGUUGAUUCUAGUCCAGCAUUAGGUCAAGGUUGGCGUGUAGGUUUCCUAGGACUACUGCAUCUAGAUGUGUUUACGCAGAGGCUCUUGCAGGAACACAAAGCGGAAGCAAUACUCACCGCUCCUUCUGUACCUUAUAAAAUUAAGCUAAAAGGUGCAAAAAUCAUCAAGCAGUACAAAAGUGAUGAAAUAAUUAUCACAAAUCCAUUACAAUUGCCGGAACCGCAGCAGAUUGAAGAAUAUUAUGAACCUUUAGUAAUAGGUACAAUAAUAACUCCAGUGGAGUACAUCGGCGCGGUGACGUCACUGUGCGUGGACCGGCGCGGCGUGCCGCUGCCCGCUACAGCGCUCGAUGACCAAAUGACGCUGAUGCAGUUUAUAUUACCUUUAUCAGAAGUUGUGAUAGACUUCCAUGAUACGUUAAAGAGUAUAACGUCAGGUUUCGCCAGCUUUGACUAUCAGGAUCAUGGAUUCCAUGCCAGCGCUUUAGUAAGGUUGGAUAUACUUCUCAAUGGGGCAUUAGUAGAGGAAUUAUCCACUAUAGUACAUACAUCCCGCCUUCAGUACAGCGCUAGAAGACUGACGGAAAAACUAAAGGAAAUGAUACCGCGACAGAUGGUGCAGAUCGCAAUCCAAGCAGUAGCGUCAGGGAAGGUUUAUGCACGAGAAACUAUCAAAGCAUACCGAAAAGAUGUCACUGCUAAACUGUACGGCGGCGACGUGACUCGUAGGAAGAAGCUCCUCAAACAACAGGCUGAGGGGAAAAAGAAAAUGCGAAGCUUAGCUAAUAUUAAAGUGCCUCGAAAUACUUUUAUUGAUGUAUUAAAGAGAUAAAAUGUUUUUGUAGUAUUUUUACAUGAAGAUAAAAGUAUCGUAUUAUCGUUAAUUGAGUUUUUCCCCUUUUUGAAGAUCCUAAGGCAUGCUUAAAUGAUUUUAGUAAGGUAAGAAUAAUAAAGAAUAAUACAAUUUCUGUAUGAAAUAAAAACAAUAAAGUUUAUUUAAUCAUAGAUUAUAUGACAGUUGAAUGCAUGGUUAUAAUAUAAAAUAUUUGAAGCAAUAUAGAAAUCUAUUACUUAAAGACAGCUUACAUUAAACAAUAAGAUAUGUAUCGUGAAGUAUAAAUGGAAAAAGCUUGUUGCAAGAUUAUGGUCACCAUAUUUUUUCAUCUCAACUAUACAAAGUUUCGUAUAUAUAACAAAAUUGGAAAUUUUUAUUACAGGAAUAUUAAAGUUUAUUUCGUUUUACACAUAUCUUUACAAAAAAACAAUUAUAGAUUACUUUUUACUCCUAAUGCUGAACCACAGACAAUAUUGUCAUGCAUCUUAGUCCAAGUAAAUAAUAUUUUUUCGUAAGGAUGUUUCGCCAGUGGAAACUCAAGGGCGUAGCUUUGUUUUAAUAAACAUCUGAUUGAUUCAUGGAACACUAAUCAGGAAUUGCAAACCUUUUUUUUAAACAUAAAAGUAAUAUUUUACAAAGAAUGUGCAUGUAUUUGUCAGUUUUAAAAGCAUUGUUGAAAUUGCUAGUAGAAUUUUCUUUUCGAUGCUAAUAUUGAUAAUUUAGAAUUUUACAGACAAUUUACUAUAUUUUUUUAAAUAAAUAAAUACUAAUUUCUCAGAAGGCAAGCAUAUUAAAUACAUAUAACAUACUUUUGUAAAAUUGUAUUUUUGAAUAAAUCGAAUUUCUUAAUCUACAUCUUUAGAUGAGAUAUCAUUUCUUACAAUAUU